AUGGCAGCAGAAAGUAAAGUAGUAGAGCAUCCUAAGAAGGCCUUUGGAUGGGCAGCUAGAGAUCCUUCUGGUGUUCUCUCACCUUUCAAUUUCUCCAGAAGGGAAACAGGUGAGAAAGAUGUAGCAUUCAAGAUAUUGUAUUGUGGGAUAUGUCACUCUGAUCUUCAUAUGGCCAAAAAUGAAUGGGGAACUUCCAUCUAUCCACUUGUUCCUGGGCACGAGCUUGUGGGUGUAGUAACUGAGGUUGGAAGCAAAGUAGAUAAGUUCAAAGUUGGAGAUAAUGUAGGUGUGGGCUACAUGAUCGAUUCGUGCCGAUCAUGCCAAAAUUGUGAUGAUGAUCUUGAAAAUUACUGCCCCAAGUAUACAACCACAUGUGGUGGGAAAUAUCGUGAUGGAACCGUCACAUAUGGAGGUUACUCCGACUCAAUGGUUGCAGACGAGCAUUUUGUAGUCCUCAUUCCUGAUAGCUUACCUCUUGAUGUUGCUGGUCCUCUCCUAUGUGCUGGUAUCACCGUAUAUAGCCCUCUUAAAUAUUACGGACUCGACAAACCUGGUCUGCGUAUAGGCGUUGUUGGUCUCGGCGGACUCGGCCAUAUGGCUGUGAAAUUUGCCAAAGCUUUUGGUGCUAAUGUGACUGUAAUUAGUACAUCGCCUAACAAAGAAAAUGAAGCAAUAGAACACUUGGGUGCUGAUUCAUUUCUUAUAAGUCGUGACCCGAAUCAAUUGAAGGCUGCAAUGGGUACUUUGGAUGGUAUUAUUGACACAGUUUCAGCUGGUCAUCCUAUCUUACCACUGAUUGGUUUAUUGAAAUCUCAUGGAAAGCUUGUUAUGCUUGGUGUAAUAGUAAAGCCUGUAGAUCUUCCUGUAUACGCUUUACUUGGAGGGAGAAAAUUAUUAGGCGGGAGUAUGAUCGGAGGGAUAAAAGAGACACAAGAAAUGAUAGACUUUGCUGCAAAACACGAUGUGAAACCUGAUAUUGAGAUUGUUCCGAUUGAUCAUGUUAACACUGCAAUGGAGCGUCUUGCUAAAGGAGAUGUGAGAUAUCGAUUUGUGAUUGAUAUUGGAAACACAUUGAAACCAAGCUCUUGA